UCUCUACAUCUCUUUAUUACUGACCAAUCUUUUUUCUACAUGGACCAGGAGUUUGUGCAUAGAAAUGUGAAGGGGGAGACUAAUUGUGGUCUGUGUUGGGGAAAGAGGGAGAGAGAGAGAGAGAGAGAGAGUGUGUGUGUGUAUGGAGAAAUACAAGGAAAGAGGGAGGUAUAUGGAAAGAAAGAAAGAUGGAUGUAGGUGUCUUCAGUAGUCAUGCAUCAUCACCCAACCAAACCUCUCUCUCUCUCUCUCUCUCUCUCUCUCUCUCUACAAAACUACUGCGCAAGUUCCCAGAAAUGCCCCCCUGGAGACCCAGAAAACUCUUCACCCCCUCUCCUCUUCACCUAGGAGGAGAGAAACAGAGACACACACAACAAACACUCACUCUCUCUCUCUCUCUCUCUCUCUCUCUAACCCAGGACUACUACUCCUACUCCUACUACUACUACCCAGUUUCCUGUACCUGAUUAAUAUGGGGCUUUUUGGGUUUUUCUUGGGUCAGGGUCAGAGAGAGAGAGAGAGAGAGAGAGAGAGAGAGAAGGGGGGGGGGUGGUGGGCAAGGGAACUCCUCACCUCCCCCCCCCACCCCCACCUUUAUUUCCUCCAUUAUCUCACCACCCCCUUCACAAGGUGGCCUUUUUAUUGCCCCCCUCUCUCCCUCUCUCUCUCUCUCUCUCUUGGUCUCUUCAUCUUUUUUUUGUCUCUCCCUCUCUCUCUCCUUGUUUCUCUUGAGAUUUGAGGGUGGAGAUGAAGAGGGUGAGGUGGGUUGCCAUGGAGUCCGCUCCAUCCUCCGCUUCGUUCCCAGGUGGGGAGGAGGCCAGGGCCAGGUUCAAGCACCAGAGCCUCUUGCAGGAUUAUGUGGAGUUGCUAAAGGAAACUGAAGCAAAGAGGAAGCAGGUGCUAGAGAAAAAGCAGAAGAAACUCAAGCUUCUCAAUGAAGUCAAGUUCUUGAGGAGAAAAUUCAAGUCCUUAACUGAGAACCCCUCUCAGAAAACCUCCUAUCGACUGAAGAAGCAAUUGCAGAAAGUGCCGUCCUCAUCACGUCGAGCCAUUCAGAAUGCAACUCCUACUAAAGAGAGAUCUUCUAUCGACAAAGAAGCUUCUAUGCCAAGCACUUUUGGAGUGAUAGACUUGAACCAGGUUUCCUUACCGAAUGAUGAGGAAAUGGAGGAGUUUGCGGUCAAAUGGGAGCCUGUGAAGUUCGAUAGCAUGAAGAAGGAUAAGAUGGAGGGAAAGGCUUUGGCCAGUGAUCUGAAUUUGCCGACAUUUCGCGAUAAUGGGAAUGGAGCGAGCCGGUUCGGCAAGAGGAAGAUUACAUGGCAUGGCCAAGUAGCCUUAAGAGUGUAGCUUUCACUCGCAUUAGCAAUGAACUGCGAGUUCUUCAUCGGAUUUCAGCAUUUAGCUUCAAAUCCUUGAUUUGUACAGUGGGAUUAUCAAGGAAUAGACAUGUUCUUAUGCAUAAGUUUUUUUUAUUUCUUUUGGUGUUAGUGGGCCUUCAAACAAAGGAAAAGAACUUGUGGGAGUGAAAAACUCUCUUGUAUCAAUUUGGGAUUGGAAUGCUUAAUCAUUGUAAUAGAUGAGAGGAUAAAAAUGGUGGAUUUUCGUAGUAAUUUAAGAAACCUUUCUGCAUUUGCUCAUCUCUAGUAGAGCUUUUGGUGGAGUAGAGAGCCGAAAUGAGAUUCUAACUCCAAAAGCAGAGUUUGGAGCUUUUUCACUCAUGCUUGAAAAAGCAAGUUGUUGAAAGGAUUACAUUGUAGUGCUCUUCAUAUUAGAUCAAAUAUUUUUUGUUGUCAAAAA